AAACCACUCUUGUUUUUGGGUCACAGCGAAAAAGUCGCUUUCGCUGGUCUGGUCAGUUGCAUUUUUUAUAAAAAUUACGAACUUCUUUUAAUGGGAAUUAAGUGCUAAAGUGAAAAAAAUAAAGCUAUUUUAUUCCUUCCACCCGGUAAGAUGUCAAAAUCCAAAUCAAAGCAACAUCAGUUGAGCAAAAGCGAACAACGCGAUGAGUAUCGCAACUUUCGGGUAGUGUUCUCCUACUGCAUACUGAUCAUCUUGCUGCCGGUGGCCACUUUCUUCGGGUGCAAGUACGUGCUGUGCGACAAGUUUUUCCAGCUAACGGAAGUGAGCAGUAACAUCUACUCGGCCGUCGUAGCGGUCAUUGCUCUGCACAUAGCCCUCGGCCUGUACAUUUACCGGGCGUACUUCUACAGUGAUUCAGCGGCAGGCACUGCUGCCGGAGGAGGCUACCAGAAAGUCUCCCAGAAGCAGGACUAG